UUUCCCUCUGCGGGUCCCGCCCUCCGUCGCGGCGGCGCGGUGCAACCUGGGAUAGGGAGCGAUCUCCGAGCGAGGCAGCAAGAUGGACGCGGGAUUCUUCCGCGGAACAAGUGCGGAACAGGAUAAUCGGUUCAGCAACAAACAGAAGAAACUACUGAAGCAGCUGAAGUUUGCAGAAUGCCUAGAAAAAAAGGUGGACAUGAGCAAAGUAAAUUUGGAAGUUAUAAAGCCUUGGAUAACAAAACGAGUAACGGAAAUCCUUGGGUUUGAAGAUGAUGUUGUGAUUGAGUUUAUAUUCAACCAGCUGGAAGUGAAGAAUCCAGACUCUAAAAUGAUGCAAAUCAACCUGACUGGGUUUUUGAAUGGAAAAAACGCUAGAGAAUUUAUGGGAGAGCUGUGGCCUCUGCUGUUAAGUGCACAAGAAAACAUCGCUGGAAUCCCUUCUGCUUUCCUGGAACUGAAGAAAGAAGAAAUAAAACAGAGACAGAUUGAGCAAGAAAAAUUGGCAUCUAUGAAAAAGCAAGAUGAAGACAAAGAUAAGAGGGAUAAGGAAGAAAAAGAAAGCAGCAGAGAAAAAAGGGAACGGUCUCGAAGUCCGAGAAGACGCAAGUCCAGAUCUCCUUCCCCUAGAAGACGGUCUUCCCCUGUCAGGAGAGAGAGAAAGCGCAGUCAUUCUCGAUCUCCCCGCCACAGAACCAAGAGCCGGAGUCCUUCCCCCGCGCCAGAAAAGAAGGAAAGAACUCCCGAGCUCCCAGAACCUUCAGUGAAAGUCAAAGAACCCUCAGUACAGGAGGCUACUUCUACUAGUGACAUCCUGAAAGUUCCCAAGCCUGAACCUGUACCAGAACCUAAAGAACCUUCUCCAGAAAAAAAUUCCAAAAAGGAAAAGGAGAAGACCAGAGCACGAUCUCGGUCACGUUCCAAAUCAAGGUCACGGACGCGGUCUCGCUCUCCUUCUCACACUCGACCUAGACGGCGCCAUAGAUCCCGAUCAAGAUCAUACUCUCCUAGAAGACGGCCAAGCCCAAGAAGGCGCCCAUCCCCUCGCAGAAGAACUCCUCCAAGACGAAUGCCUCCUCCACCACGGCACAGGAGGAGUAGAUCUCCAGUACGACGAAGACGACGUUCAUCAGCAUCGUUGUCUGGGAGUAGCUCAUCAUCCUCUUCAUCUCGUUCCCGGUCGCCGCCAAAGAAACCUCCUAAGAGGACAUCCAGUCCCCCUCGAAAAACUCGCAGGCUGUCUCCUUCUGCGAGUCCUCCAAGGCGAAGGCACAGGCCAUCCCCUCCGGCAACUCCACCACCAAAAACUCGCCAUUCCCCGACACCCCAGCAGUCAAACCGUACGAGAAAAAGCCGUGUUUCUGUGUCUCCAGGGAGAACUUCAGGUAAAGUGACAAAGCAUAAAGGUACUGAGAAAAGAGAAUCCCCUUCACCAGCACCGAAACCUAGAAAAGUAGAAUUAUCUGAAUCAGAAGAGGACAAAGGCGGCAAAAUGGCCGCAGCAGAUUCUGUGCAGCAGAGACGCCAGUACAGACGGCAGAACCAGCAGUCUUCAUCUGACUCUGGCUCCUCUUCCUCCUCAGAAGAUGAGCGACCCAAAAGAUCCCACGUGAAGAAUGGUGAGGUAGGCCGGCGGCGGAGACAUUCCCCUUCCAGGAGUGCCUCUCCCUCACCACGAAAGCGCCAGAAAGAGACGUCCCCUCGGAUGCAGAUGGGAAAGCGAUGGCAAUCGCCAGUGACCAAAAGUGGUAGACGGAGGAGAAGUCCCUCACCACCACCCACCAGAAGGCGGCGCUCUCCUUCUCCUGCUCCUCCUCCGCGACGGCGCAGGUCUCCUACACCACCACCCCGAAGAAGGACUCCUUCUCCACCUCCACGCCGGCGCUCGCCUUCCCCUCGGAGGUACUCCCCUCCCAUACAGAGGAGAUACACCCCCUCUCCACCUCCCAAGAGAAGGACGGCUUCUCCUCCACCCCCUCCAAAACGGAGGGCGUCGCCAUCUCCACCACCAAAGCGGCGAGUCUCGCAUUCUCCACCUCCCAAACCGAGAAGCUCGCCAGUCACCAAGAGACGCUCGCCUUCGUUGUCAUCCAAGCAUAGGAAAGGCUCUUCCCCAAGCCGCUCCACCCGGGAGGCCCGCUCGCCACAGCCAAACAAACGACACUCGCCUUCCCCUCGGCCUCGAGUUCCUCAGACCUCCAGCCCCCCACCCGCCCGGAGAGCGCCGUCGUCCUCACCCCAAAGAAGGCAGUCUCCAUCUCCAAGUACUAGGCCCAUUAGGAGAGUCUCCCGGACUCCGGAGCCUAAGAAGACAAAAAAGACUGCCUCUCCAAGCCCACAGUCUGUAAGGAGGGUCUCAUCCUCCCGAUCUGUGUCUGGAUCUCCUGAGCCGGCAGCUAAAAAACCUCCAGCACCUCCGUCCCCUGUCCAGUCCCAGUCGCCCUCUACAAACUGGUCACCAGCGGUACCGGUCAAAAAGGCUAAGAGCCCAACACCAAGCCCAUCACCGGCAAGGAAUUCAGAUCAAGAAGGAGGUGGGAAGAAAAAGAAGAAAAAGAAGGACAAGAAACACAAAAAGGAUAAGAAGCACAAGAAGCACAAAAAACACAAGAAGGAGAAGGCGGUGGCGGCGGCGGCUGUCGCGGCUGCUGCUGCCAUCCCCCCUGCAGCCGUCGCUGCUGCCACGACCACCUCAGCACAGGAGGAAGCAGAGGCAGCGCUGGAGCCCAAGAAGGAGACUGAAAGUGAAGCUGAAGAUAACCUUGAUGACCUAGAGAAGCACCUGCGGGAGAAGGCCCUGCGGUCCAUGCGGAAGGCUCAAGUGUCCCCACAGUCCUAGGUGGAAACGUUUGUUAUGAUGUAAAUUUUAUUUGGUUUGUACGCAAUUCAAUUUCAAAAUUGCUAAAAUGUGUUUGAGCUUUAGACUAUAACAUUUGUUGUAAUAAUUGCUAGGUUGAAGUUCACCAUGUAAAAAAAAAAGGGCAUGGAUUUACAUUGCAAAAGGUGUCCACGGUGUAUUAGUGACAUUCUUUCAUUGACAGCUGACAUACAUUCAUUUAGAGUGAAAUAUUUUAAGCCAAAAAAAAAUCUCCUUUUUAAAAAAGGGGGUUUAAAUAUUGUUGGCAUUCUUAUGGUUCCUUUAAAUGCCCCUGGCUAUUUCCAAAGGGGUUCCUCUCACUCUCUUUUUUCUUUUUUUUUUUUUUUCUUUUUUUUCUUUCUUUACCUUUUCUCAUUUGAGUCUCUUACCACCCAUUUAAGUUAUGCUUCCAACCUCAUGGUUUGUAAGCUCGCCCAGAAGUAAGACCACUGUUGAACCACACAAAAGGACAAGUGAGUGUUUUGAUGCCACAAUCUUUCCUGUCGCCUGUGGAGUCUCUGCUGCAGUGAAUCAGGAUUGGAGCUGACAGAAAGCAAAGCCCCGUCGCUUGCCAGGACACUGUGGGUCUCUAUCCAUGUGGAACAAGUUGAUUUGGAACACUGGAAUUUCAUUCUAUUCUGUUCUGGGGUGUUCUUUUUUUGUUUGUUUGUUUUCUUUCUUGUAAAGGCAAUUAACUAGUCCCAGGAAGGAUCCUUCAGUUAUAUAAAAUUUUGUUUUAUGAAAUGUCAUGGCUCCAUCAUAUUUUUGUCUUGUUCUUCCAAUUGGUAUAUUCAGCUUUCAGAGCUCUUGUAUUUGGAAGGCUGGAAGGGCCCGGACUUUGAAAUAGUGUCUUGGUUUCACUUUUUUGUUGUUGUUUGUUUGUUGAUUUUUUUUUAAAACUAAAGCUAUAUAAAGCUUGUGGAUUAAACAGAAUAAAUUUCUAAAUUUAAAAUUA